CUCUCCUCCCCUAAAUCUUUGAUAAUAAAUAUUCUAUACAUGGGAGAAAGUAUUUUUCGCCUUCUCUUUCCCCAGUUCUGAAUGCUUCGUAGGCUAUGAGGGGUGUUCUGUUUCUGAAUUAAUGCUGCUUUACUGAAAAAUCAUCAGUAGGUGGGGCUCUUGAAGUUUCUAUUCCAACUUGUUAUUCAAACAUGGGGGGGGGGGCGAGGAGGAGAGCACAUCUCACUGUUCAGAACAGUAAGCACAGUCCUUCAGCAAGUUUUUCAAGGCCUCCUAAAAAACAGAGUCACCUGGGAGUCAAACGGGGUCAAAGUACACAAAUUACAAUCCCUGUAUAAGCUAUAAAAUUGGCCUUUUGAGUAAUGUUGAGUGUUGAGAGAUGUCUACUGUAAUUUACAGAUAAUACUGCUUGACAGAGCAAUAAAUUGCCCAGAUGAAUCCAGGUAUGUGUUAGACAAAAAGCUGGUUGUUAAAAGGAAUAAAUUCAGAGCUUGAACUGACUUUUCAAUAUGGUUACGUAGAACUUUAUGUUUAGUUGAUUUAAUCAUGUUCUGUAUUCAGGCAGCAGAUGUUUUUAGCUCUUUGGUUUUGCUGUAUUUGAAUGUAGGAAAAUUACCUCCUCCCUGCAGCAGUUCAGGUAGGUGAUCUGUAUGUGUCCACCCUGCUGAGAGAGCACGUGUUUUCAAGGCUGAAGGAGGGAGCGUUUUGCCAAUUAUUCAUAUUAUGAAUACGAUAUUCAAAUUUCUUGAUGUUAUUUGGCAUAAGAACACGUGCUGCUGCCUGAAUUCACAUAAUAGCCAUUUUUCUAAGUGGGUAAGAUGCCACAUGUCAGAUUUCCUUUGUGCACCCAAGGAUUCGAGCACAAAAUUAGUGCCUCUUGCUGUCCUGCGUACCCUGAGCCAUGGUGGCAUCCAGUCUCAGCAGCACAAAUAACUGCUGUUGUUACUUUCUGCAUCCAGAGCUGUGCUGGGAUGCCCCUUAAGCCAAUAAAGGCCAAGAGGAGAUGAAAAGCAUUGUCUUACUUACUUUGUCCUCCUCUGAAAUGGAGGCAGCAUCAGUAAAUGUCAGUUGAUGUUCAAGCAUAAAAGGGAACCUGAGUGUCUCAGAAAAUGUUUCCACGUGACCUUUGUCCAACUAAUUGUUUGACAGUGUUUUUUUGUAUUCAUUUGUCUGUUCAUCUAUUGAUAGAAAGUCCCGAGUCAUUAUCAUUCCAGUGCCAGCUAGUGCUGGGAACGUUUAUCUGUUCAACAGAUAAUUUCAGUUAAAUAUUACUUCUACUGUAAUAUAAGUAGUGUGGAAUAACAGUUUCUGAAGCAGCUCCAGCAAUGGAGCCAGUUUGUAAGACAGUCAUCUUCUUUCUGUUAGUUUCUCCCAGUCUUGGGAUAGAGGGGGAAUUUGCUCAGAAUUUUAUCACCAUUGCUGGACCUCUACCCAGCGAGCUAGUGACUAGAUUGUAUCUGCAUGACCAAGUCCUCUCUGAGGAAGAUCAGGGCCCUGCCGUGGCUGAAGCCCGUGAUUACCUGUGCCAACAAGAUCUUGUGGCUUCUGAACUGCCCCAGUACUUCUCCCACCUUCGUGAGAUUGGAGUGACACAUUACAAGAUCUUCCUGCCGUGGGCACGCGUUCUUCCAGAAGGGAAUGCCAGGAAGCCGGCUGAAGCUCAAGUGCGGUGCUACCAGGAGCUGCUCAAGACCCUGAUUGCUGCAGGCCUCAGGCCAGUGGCAGUUCUGCAUCACCAGCGUGUCCCUGGCACCGUGGCUGUGCAGGCUGUGGGUGGGAAAGCCAACGCUGUUGCUGACCUUUUUGUGGAAUACGCAGAGUUCAGCUUCCGUGUUUUUGGAGACCUGGUCGAUGUGUGGCUCAGCUUCAGUGACCUACCGGAGGUCCUUAAAAGCCUGCCUUAUGAUGACCCCCAGGACCAAGCCCAGGCCCUGGCUGCUGCUCAUGAAAGAGCUUACACUGUCUACCAUGAGAAAUACGCACCAGUGGGUGGAAAGCUGUCCAUUGCUUUAGGAAUGGAUCAUGUCUUGGAUAGUGCCUUAUCAGAAUUGCUUUCAAAUUCAAUUCAGAAUUCGGUAGAUUUUCUGUCUCUCAGCCUUCAGUACUAUUGCAGAAAUGAAACGGAUUUCUACAGGAAGUUGAAUGAAUUCCAGAAUGUCUGGAAGGACGUAGAGAUCUUGGUUUUUAGUCUGAAGUUCCUUGAUUGUGGUUCCACGGAAGACAAUCCCUUCAUACCAGUAGCUGCCAUUGUCACAGCUAUUAAUAAAGAAGAGACACGUACAAUUGGGUAUGAUGUUAACGAGUUCUUGGACUUCUCAUCAUCUCAAGUUUUAAGCAAAACAAAUACUCUACAAGAGAACCCAGAUGCCAUUCUUGCCCCUCGCUCGUCCUAUCAGACAGUUUGGGAAACGUUUGCUCAACAGUCUGAAUGGGAGAGAGAUUCUCUUCUGCAAGAUGUUUUCCCAGGUGGCUUCCUCUGGGGCAUAUCCACAGGUGCCUUCAACAUCGAAGGAGCUUGGGCAGAGGAUGGGAAAGGAGAGAGCAUCUGGGACCACUUUGGACACGCAGGCCAUGUCUACAUGAACCAAACAGCAGACAUGGCAUGUGACAGCUACUAUAAAACCAGCUAUGACGUUUACCUGCUUAGGGGUCUUCAUCCCCAAUUGUACAAAUUUUCUGUAUCCUGGCCUAGAAUUUUCCCUGCUGGCACCACCGAGACUGUCAACUCCAAGGGUGUUGAUUAUUACAACCAAUUAAUUAAUCGGUUGCUAGAGUCUAACAUUGAGCCCAUGGUGACUCUGUUCCACUGGGACCUCCCACAAGCUCUUCAGGUUCUUGGUGGCUGGCAGAAUGACAGUAUUAUAGAUGCUUUUGUAAACUAUGCCGACUUCUGCUUUUCCACUUUUGGGGAUCGAGUCAAGCUCUGGAUUACUUUCCAUGAGCCUUGGGUUAUCAGCUACGCUGGCUAUGGCACCGGAGAGCAUCCUCCAGGAAUCGUUGACCCAGGAGUAGCAUCUUACAAGGUGGCUCACACAAUUCUCAAGGCUCAUGCCAAAGUCUGGCACCUGUAUAAUGACAAAUACCGUUCUCAGCAACUGGGAAAGGUGGGGCUGGUUCUGAACUCGGAUUGGGCUGAACCCAAGACUCCAACCAACCCUGAGGACGUGAGGGCAUCUGAGAGGUACCUGCAGUUCAUGCUUGGCUGGUUUGCUCACCCUGUAUUUGUUAAUGGGGAUUACCCAGAUAUCCUGAAGGCUCGGAUCCAGGAAGUAAACCAGCAGUGCUCCACAACAGUUGCACAGCUGCCUCUGUUUACAGAGCAGGAGAAGUCCUGGGUGAAAGGGACUGCAGAUUUUUUUGGUCUUUCCCAUUACACUUCCUACCUGGUCAGUGCUAUGACUAAUGGGACCUGCACACCAGGCUACGAGAGCAUCGGGAACUUCUCCUUGCAUGUAGAUCCUUCUUGGCCACAGACUGCCUCUUCUUGGAUCCAUGUGGUCCCUUGGGGAUUAAGAAGGCUGCUGAAGUUUGUGUCCCAGGAAUAUACAGGGACAAAGAUCCCGAUUUACAUAGCAGGAAAUGGUAUGCCAACGGAAGAUGGAGGGGAUCUUAUUAAUGACACUGUGCGAGUGGAUUAUUUCCACCGGUACAUCAAUGAAGCUCUAAAAGCGGUGAAACUAGACACAGUUGAUGUUCGGUCAUACGUGGCUCGAUCCCUGGUUGAUGGCUUUGAAGGCCCGGCAGGGUACAGCCUAAAAUUUGGGCUGCAUCAUGUGGAUUUUGGAGAUGGCAAUAGACCAAGGACUCCCCGGGCAUCUGCUUAUUUCUAUUCCAGCGUUAUUGAAAAAAAUGGUUUCCCACCUGAAGUCUUGGACAGAUUUUCUACCCCAGUGGUGUUUGACCUACCUGUGCCAUCAAAGCUGCCCAGUUUACCAGCAUCAGAAGUUCCCUCCAAGGCAAAAGUCGUCUGGCAGAAGUUUUCAUCCCAAACAGAUUUUGAAAGGGACAUGUACUUUUAUGCGACAUUCCCAGAGGACUUUACAUGGGGUGUGUCGUCUUCUGCCUACCAGGUAGAGGGAAGUUGGAAUGCUGAUGGCAAAGGACCCAGCAUUUGGGAUAACUUCACCCAUGUCCCAGGGAAUAUAAAGAAUAAUGAUAAUGGAGAUGUAGCUUGUGAUAGCUACAACAAGGUGGAGGAGGAUAUUUACCUGCUGAGAGCCUUAGGGGUAAAGAACUAUGGUUUCUCUCUGUCCUGGUCUCGAAUUUUCCCCAGUGGAAGGAACAACUCAAUAAACAUCCAUGGAGUUGACUACUAUAACCGCCUCAUUGAUGGACUGGUUGCAAACAACAUCACUCCUAUCGUCACUCUCUACCACUGGGACCUGCCACAAGCUCUCCAGGACAUUGGUGGCUGGGAGAGCAGCGUGCUGAUCGACCUGUUUGAUAGUUUUGCGGAUUUCUGUUUCCAGACCUUUGGUGACAGGGUGAAGUUCUGGAUUACGUUCAAUGAACCCCAAGUCAUUGCCUGGGCAGGCUAUGGCACUGGGACAUUUCCACCCAACGUCAAUGACCCUGGCAGUGCUCCCUACAGGGUUGCCCACAUCUUACUGAAAGCUCAUGCCAGGGUCUACCACACGUACGAUGACAAGUACAGAGCGAGUCAAGGAGGGGUCAUUGCCCUGUGUCCCAACAUUGACUGGGUUGAGCCAAAGACACCAAGCGACCCCAGGCACGUAGAAGCUGCAGACAGGUACCUGCAGUUUUUGGUGGGGUGGUUUACACACCCGAUUUUCAAAAACGGGGACUAUCCUGAGGUUAUGAAGUGGAAAGUUGGGAACAGGAGUGAGCUUCAGGACCUGCCAUCGUCUCGCCUACCAGUUUUCACAGCGGAGGAGCGUGAAUACAUCAGGGGCACGGCAGAUGUUUUCUGCUUCAACACCUACACCUCCAAAAUUGUAACCCAUGCAACAACCCGGUUGAAGCCCUUCUCUUACGAGUAUGACCAGGAAGUUUCAGCAAAGACUGACAGCUCCUGGCCUCCCUCAGCUAUUACUGACCAUCGGGCUGUGGCCUGGGGCAUGAGGAGGCUACUGAACUGGAUCAAAGAAGAAUAUGGAAAUCCCCCAAUAUACAUCAUUAAGAACGGGGUGGGGAUAAAGACCAAAUCGGAUGUUGAUGACAAUACCAGGAUUUUUUACUACAAAACAUACAUUGAUGAAGCUUUAAAAGCUUACAAAUUGGAUGGUGUUAAUCUGAAAGGAUACAAUGCUUGGUCUUUUAUGGAUAGCUUUGAAUGGUUGAAUGGUUAUGAGCCAAGAUUUGGAUUGCACCGGGUUGAUUUUGACAAUCCCAACAGGCCCAGAACCCCAAAGCGCUCUGCUGUGUACUAUGCAGAAAUCAUCCGCAAUAAUGGUAUCCCAUUGCCAAAAGAAGAUGAAUUUUUAUAUGGAGAGUUUCCAGAGAACUUUCGGUGGAGUGUAGCGACUGCAGCAUAUCAGAUUGAGGGAGGAUGGAGAGCCGAUGGGAAAGGACUUAGCAUUUGGGACCGAUAUGCUCACACCCCCUUGAAAAUCGGCAAUGAUGACACUGGAGAUGUAGCUUGUGACAGCUACCACAAGAUUGAGGAGGAUGUGGAAAUGCUGAAAAGCCUCAAGGUGUCUCACUAUCGCUUUUCAAUCUCCUGGUCCCGUGUUCUCCCAGAUGGAACCACCAGAUACAUCAAUGAAAUGGGACUGAACUACUAUGAAAGGCUUAUUGAUGCUCUUCUGGCAGCUAACAUUAUGCCUCAGGUAACUCUCUAUCAUUGGGACCUCCCACAGGCACUGCAGAAUGUCGGUGGGUGGGAGAAUGAUACUAUAGUUCAGAGGUUUAAGGAAUAUGCUGAGCUCCUUUUCCAGAGGCUGGGAGAUAAAGUGAAAUUUUGGAUAACCCUCAAUGAACCCUACAACACUGCAUAUUUGGGCUAUGGCGUUGGCACAGCCGCUCCAGGCGUCUCCAUUCGGCCAGGGCGAGCCCCCUACGUGGUGGGGCACAACUUAAUAAAGGCCCAUGCGGAAGCCUGGCACCUCUACAAUGAGACCUACCGGGCAAAACAAGGAGGAUUAAUCUCGAUCACCAUCAACUCUGACUGGGCAGAACCAAGGAACUCCCACAAACAGGAGGAUGUUGAUGCUGUCAGACAAUUCUUGCAGUUUUUUCUAGGUUGGUUUGCUCAUCCCAUUUUCAAAAAUGGUGACUAUAAUGAAGUGAUGAAAAAGAGGAUUCGGGAACGCAGUCUGGCUCAGGGUCUGAACCAGUCCCGACUUCCAGAAUUUACUGAAAGUGAAAAGCAAAGAAUUAAAGGCACAUAUGACUACUUUGGCCUAAAUCAUUAUACUACAAUUUUAACAUACAAAAUAAACUAUCCUACUGGUGUUCAGUCAUAUGACUCUGACAGGGGUGUAGCUACUGUAACUGACCGCAGCUGGCUGGGUUCUGGUUCUGUCUGGCUAAAGGUGACACCCUUUGGUUUCCGAAAAAUCCUGAGAUGGAUAAAAGAAGAGUACAACAACCCUCCCAUUUACGUCACUGAAAAUGGGAUCUCAGAAAGAGGAGCCUUCCGCUUCAAUGACACUUGGCGAACACAUUACCUCCGGAGCUACAUUAACGAAGCACUGAAAGCUGUGGUGCUCGACGGUGUCGACUUAAGAGGCUACACUGUAUGGACGCUGAUGGACAACUUUGAGUGGGCAGUGGGCUUUGAUGAGAAGUUUGGGUUCUAUCACGUGAAUUUCACAGACCCCAACCUGCCGCGCCGCCCCAAGGCUUCUGCCAGGUUUUACUCACAGAUCGUAAACUGCAACGGGUUUCCAGACCCAGCAACAGGCCCGCAUCCCUGUCUGGAAGUGGAGCCUGAAGCGGCACCCACAGACAUCACACCAGGACCAGCUGCCAGCGUGCGCUUUUUGGGAUUAGAUUUAACAUCACAAAAUGCAGAAAUAGCACUGUACGUGCUUUUUGCUCUGUCAGGAGUAGGAGCAUUGGGCUUAGCUCUUUUUGCAUACCUGUAUGCAAAAUCAUCCAGACAAUCCCCUAAACAACCACACAUGAAACUUAGUAAACUGUAAAGUUUCUACUUGGUGAAGUGUUUGUUUUUCUUUAAGAAGUUUAUAGUACCAGGGAAGGAAACCCAGUGCUUGUACUACUGGCAGCUUUAUGCCUUGCCUUAGUGAUGGCUCCUCAUCAUUUUGUUGUUCACUUACUAACUUUAAAAGAGAAAGGAAGAGGGUUGUGGUUUUUUAUAGUAAAUGUCUCUCUUUUCCCCAGGCAUUGAUGAUUUGAUUUCUUAAGGGCAAAAGUAAAACAAACGGCUUAUUCCCACCUGCAUACAGAUUCUGAACUUCACCUUGUAUCUGUUCUUGCUUCGUCAUCUCCCCUUGGGUAACGCAGGUCUCUUCAAGGGAUCUGAGCGCAGCCCCUAGAAGCUCUACCACUUCUUAGUGGUUUUAAGACAAGUUAGUGUCUAUACUGGUAAGAAUUAGUCUAGCAGAAAUGUAGAACAAAAAUGUUCUAUUGUACAGAUUAGGUUCUUCUCCCCAUUUAAUACACAGUAUUUUUGUGAAUUGUGUAUCACAAAUUAUUAAAAAAAUAAAAUGGAA